GCUGCGAGUUGUGACCUUGAAUGCGAAUCGAAGUAACCAAACAACCAUACGGCAGCAAUAAUAUUCCGUUUUUAAAUUAUAGUACAGAAAAUACAGUGUCAAUAAUACAGUUUCUAAGUAAGUUUGGCUGUGGCCUUUUGCAAACUAAUUUAUUUAAGCAUCGAAGCGAAUUCAAGAUGGCGUACCGACUAAAUGGCAUACCGAAACUUGUUCAGCGUAAUUUGGGUUUUCUUAGAAAUUAUAGCGAGUCUCGUCAUCCCUUCGUUUAUUCCAAGGAAGUUUCUCGGGCGAAGUCAGAAAAUAUGCCAAUAGUAGCCCUCGAAUCAACUAUUAUUACACACGGAAUGCCUUACCCACAGAACUUGGAAACGGCUCUGGAAGUGGAGAAUAUAAUUAGGCAACGGGGUGCCGUUCCAGCGACUGUGGCAAUUCUUAAAGGGCAAUUGACCGUUGGUCUGACGGAAGAUCAACUUCGAUACCUUGCUCAGGCCAAAGGUGUAAUUAAAGCAUCGAGACGUGAUCUUGCUUAUAUAGCUGCGGCUAAGCUUGACGGUGCCACAACCGUCGCUGGGACAAUUAUUGCUUCAGAAUUAGCUGACAUACCAGUCUUCGUGACCGGUGGAAUUGGGGGCGUCCAUCGUGAAGGUGAAAGUACACUAGACAUCUCAGCAGAUCUGAAUGAACUCGGGCGAAGCAAAACACUCGUUGUUUGCAGCGGAAUCAAAUCAAUACUCGACAUUGGAAGAACUCUCGAAUAUUUGGAAACGCAAGGCGUCUGUGUGUGUUCGUUUGGCGAGUCUAACGAGUUUCCAGCAUUUUACACGGUCCGUUCCGGUCACCGGGCUCCGUAUAGCGUUGCCGACGCGAAGCACGCCGCUCGGAUUCUUCACGAAUCACACAGAUUCCACCUCAAUUCCGGCGUCGUCAUCGCUGUUCCUGUGCCGCGACGUGACGCUAUGGACGAAAAAGUAAUUGAAGAGGCUAUCAAUAGUGCCCUGACGGAUGCCAAAAGAAAAGGUAUUCGCGGUAAAGAAGUUACUCCUUACAUUUUAUCGAACGUCAGUGAAGCGACCAGCGGCACGUCACUUGAAACCAAUAUCGCAUUGAUAAAGAACAAUGCGCGCGUCGGCGCCGAUAUAGCCGUCGAAUUUAAAAAACUCAAGAACGCCGACAAUGUAAACGAUUCUAAUAUUGGAUUCCGCAAGGGCGCCGAGAAUAUCUCGAAUUUCACGAGGACAUUUCACACUUCGUCUAAUACGAGGAGCGGGGCGGAGAAUUGCGGAGAUGAUACGCCUAUGCUCGCUUUAGAUAUGAAGGCGGACGGAGACGUGCUCGUGAUCGGAGGGGCCAACGUUGACAGAACCUACAGAGUAUCAGAAGAUACCAUUCAGUUGGACGGCAGUACACAUGCUUGCGUCAUGGAUCAAUGCGGCGGUGGAGUCGGACGUAACAUGGCAGAAGCACUAUGGAGACUGCGGGGCGGACGUACGAAACUUCUGACCGCCAUAGGCGACGAUGCCGAUGGAAAAUACUUAGAAGAGAUUGCACCAGGCCUGAUACUGAACGGAUGCGUCGUAAAGAACGGUCGGACGCCAACAUAUGCGGCAGUGAUGGAUUCCCGGGGAGAAUGCCUUCUAGGUCUCGGCGACAUGGCAUUACACAAUGACAUCACCGUCGACAGGGUAAACAAUAAUAUGACGCUAUUAGAAAGGGCUCCACUUGUAGUUCUCGAUGGCAACGUCCCACAAAUUACUAUGGACCAUGUCUUAGAGCAAUGUCAACGGCUUCGAAAACCUGAAUAAUGGAAACUAUAAAAGAUUACUACGACCUACAUGGCCAUUUUUAUACAUGGAGGAUAGAACUAAGGAAUACAAUCAUGUAUAGAGGACAAGUUGACAAAGUGUUCACCUGUAAACAGCAAUUUAUUGUUCGAAGACUCCCUGAAACGGCGCUAGUGUAGGAAGUGGAAAUAGUACGACUGUAGCAGUUUUAAACAGUUUAGUGUGCUGGAUUCUAGUGAAAGCUAUGUUCCGACAAACUCUGCAAGUAUUUUUCAUUGCUCUUGCUUGCAGUGCUGGGGAGAGAUUCGUUUAGUUAAGUAUACAGUCGUAGUAUUCUAGGGAAAUAUAUUAUUAUAACGUCAUAAAUCAUUGCCAUUUUUUUGGUAUUUUCGAAGUAAGGCUCUCUCAGGGCAUAACGGUGAUUUAUUAUCUGUUUAGUAUCUGUGAAAGUGUACAAAUGUGGAGGUAACUUUUCGGGAUCCUCCAAAAAGUCCACUGAAAAAGUCUCAGUACAAGACCACUUUUUACUUGAGAUUAUAUUUUAUCCCAUAUCAUCUCAUCUAAUUUUAUUUGAUUUCAUUUCAUGCCAUGUUUCAUAUUAAUGCAUUUAAUUUCAUUUCAGUCAAUAUUAUGAUUUUUCAAAUUAAAAAUUAUAAAAGACUAGGCAGUAAGUAUAGUGUGAUAUCUUUGCCUUUCCAGUUAGAAAAAUAAAACUACUCUUUAACCAAUGUCUAUGCCUUAAGGGUGUAUGGGUUUAGACCCUUUGCCUUUCCAAAUAAUGAAAAAUUGUACCAAAAAAAAUCUAUGCUUUAGUCUUUACUGCCAUAGAUUAUACACUUAAUACAUACGGUAUAUUAAGUGUAUAAUCUAUGCUUAUUACCUAUUACUGCACUUUAUCCAAUGAAUUUUAAUUAGAGAAUUUGAACUAAAUAAAUAAAUACCAAAGACUGUCCGAAUGAAUUUACGAAAUGUAAGACUCAAGAGCCUUCUCCGACGGAGAUCAAUUUACGCAUCCAAACGGUACUCUUCUACAAACGUUGAAGAAACCAGUAUGAAACAUUUGUGUAAACAUUUAAGUUUAUCAGAAAGCAACGUACAAUACAUCUGUUUAAAAUAUCCUGUGUUACGGAAUAUAAAUGAAGCCAAAGUACAAGAUUUAGUGAAUACUGUUCGAGAACUCGGAUUUGAUAAAAAUGUACUUAUUGAAGAGCCUUCACUGUUUAGUAUUUUACCUCAAACAUUACGCCUUAGAUACCAAGUUCUAGACGAAUGUGGAAUACAAACAAUUAAUAAAUCACACCUACUUUCAUAUUUAACUUUAGUCAAACAUAAAACAGUAUAUGAAUUAAAAAAAUCAAAUGACAUCCCGUUUCAUAUUAAUGUUGAGAAUAGACUUGCUGGUUAUAUGACACAGUGGCCUACAUCACUAACUACGUUAAUUUUAGGAGAUGUUAAUAACUAUAACCUGUAUGAUUUACGUCUUAAAAUAUUACAGAGGUAUUUAGAGUUAGUUCUGGAUUUGACAAACAAUGAAUUUGAUAGAGGAUUACAAACAUACCCAACAAUUCGACACAGACCAUUGAAAUUUAUAAAUAAAACUUUAUCAAUACUAAAAUCAGAAAUUAUGAUGCCAAUUAAAAAAAUUAAAAGCAACUUAUAUUUAAUACAUGUUGACCCUGAAAACCUGAAGGACAUUAUGUAUAAUCUACAAUCCUUGGGAGGUUUAGAUAUAAAAGAGGUUAUAAGAAGUCAUCCGAAGUUGGCCACUAAGAGAUGUUCUACAAUGAUGGAAAUGAAAAAAUUAUUAAAUGAAUAUGGAAUUGAUAACGAAGCACAAAGAAGAUGCUUUGAUAUAUAUACAUUAGCACCGAGUACUGUGAGAGAAAGGUUAGAGAAUGCCAAAAGUAUACCAGAAUUUAACACCUUUCAGAAUCACCCUAGAUUUUUGAAAAUGAUUCAUUACAAUAAAACAGCUUUAAAUAGACUUCGUAAAUCAUUUGAAAAUAAUAAGAAAUGUCUAAGUCUGAACAUUUUAUCAGGAAGCUCCGCACAUUAUGAAGUUUUUGAGAAAUCUCCAGGUGACCGUUUGGGUAAAGGUAAAGACCUUUUAUUCUGUGUAUCACAAUCACUUGGUAAAAACUAUGGAAUGAAUGAGAUCCGUAGAAUUUUAAAGAGACAUCCAUUUUGGAUAAACGUUCCAUUAGUACAAGUGCAAUAUGUCUGUGAAAAGUUAUCAAAAGAAUUUAGCCACGAGGAUAUUUAUUUUAAUUGCCCUAUUAUUCUGUAUCCAUGGGAUAAAAUAAGAGAUGCAUUAAAGUCUUUGAAAACGGCAGUGCAUUCAAAUUUGGACCAUCUAGAUUUUAAUAGAUUAGGAAAUCGUCAAAAGUUAAGUCUUGUACUUUAUGCUUUAGAGAAGAAACACUAUUUUUCUGGAAAUGGCGUAUGGGCUGAAGACAAAACCAGGAACAUAAUUUGUCCAUUAAAUAAAGAAAAUAUAAAACAAUCUGUCCCUAUUUAGCAGAGCUGGCGUUAAUGAUUAAUUAAUUGGCAAUGAGAAGACUUUUUUUUUUUUUCGGGUAGAGGGCCGAACCUCCUACGAGGUCCCCGCGCAAAAGGGGCGCGCGGGAUAUGUGAGACUCAACGAUCUGCAUGGUGUUGAAUGAAAUGAAAAUUUAUGUAAAAAAGAAAUCAAAAAUCAUUACAAUAAAUUAAAAUGAAAAAAUCAUUAAACAAGUACGGAACAAA